AUGAUGAUGAACGUUGUCUUCUACGUCUGCAUACUCUUCCCUGUCAUUCGGGUCAAAUCCGAGUUGUUUCAGUUCCUCAAGGGUUUUAUCUUCAAGUUAUUUGGAUAUGGCGGUGUUAAUGCUCGAUUCCACCAAGAGGAUGUAUGCCUCGUGGAUUUACCGAUCAUUCGAUUCCAAGAUCUGUACAACGAACGUCACAGAUCUGUCGACCGAAUGUGCUUCAUCUGCUCCGUCGAUUACCAGAAGGAUGAUGUGCUUUCCCAACUCGGUCGGUGCGGUCAUGUCUACCAUUCCGACUGUGUUGGAAAAUUGCUUCACCAGAAACAAACUUGUUGUCCAUUUUGCCGAUCUCCGGUCUUCUCCGGUCCUUCACCUGUAACGUGUAGUAGUUUCUGA